AUGAGGGACUUCCCAUCUUGUUUUGGUGAAAAUGGAGUUCAAGUUGCUGAUGCUUCUUGUUCAGGUGUAGGUGUUAGUAAAGCUUCUCAAAAUUUGGUUACUUGCACAUAUAGGUGUAAAUUGCUUGGUAAGUCUUGUUUAGUGAACUUUGUUUGGAGCAAGAGUUUGAUGGGUCAAUGCCUAAGUGUUGAAAUAGAUGAUUUAUCACAUCAAUUGAUCUGUAAAAUUGAUAUAAAACCCUCUUUGUUCUCAAAAUGGAAAGGAUCAAAGUGUUUUGAAGUUAAUUCAAGUAAAAUUGAAGUACUUUGGGAUCUUUCUUUGGCAAAAUUUGGAUCUGGGCCAGAGCCGUUGGAGGCGUAUUUUGUAGCAGUCGUUUGUAAAGGGGAAAUAGUCGUGUUAAUUGGGGAUCUGAGGAAAGAAGCAUUUAAGAAAACUGGUGCAGCCUCUUCAAUUUCCAGUACUAUAUUCCUUUCCAAAAGGGAACAUAUUUUUGGGAAGAGGGUUUAUGGUACUAGGGCACAAUUCUACCAUAAUGGACCGAUUCAUGAUCUCAAAAUCGAGUGUGAUACAAAUGGAGGCAAUGAUCCGUGCCUUGUGGUUCGUAUUGAUACGAAACAAGUGAUGCAGGUGAAGCACUUACAGUGGAAAUUUCGUGGAAACUAUACCAUUUUGGUCGAUGGCCUCCCUGUGGAAAUCUUUUGGGAUGUGCAUAAUUGGUUAUUCUGUCCGAGUCUACGCAAUGCAGUAUUCAUGUUUCAAACUUGUUUGUCUGCUGAGAACCUGUGGACAAGGCAACCAGUGUCUCAUCCCGCCGUAUUUUCUCGGAGUGGCUCGGAGAAUUUCCGGGAUUCUAAUUUACCAGGUCUUGGUUUUUCGUUAUUUUUGUAUGCCUGGAAGACUGAAUAG